CUGAAAGCUGACAUUGUUUCAUCUUACUGGAAAGCAGUUCUUACAGAAAGUCCAGUGCGGGAAACCAAAAUGAGACCAUAUCAUUGUCUUUUCAUGUUUGCUUUGUUGCUUCUUUGGGUGGAAGUGAAAUGUAUGACUACAAAAAGCAAGAUGAAUAAACAAGGCUUAUGUCCAAAGCCAGCUGCAAUAAGAGAUUUUACAACACCCUGUAAUAAUAAUUGUUCCAGUGAUAGUGAUUGCCCAGGGAAAUUGAGAUGCUGUGAUACAGGAUGUGGACACCAAUGUGUCUAUGGAGUACGAACAGGCUUCUGUCCAAACAGUGAUAUACCAGAUAAAGGAGAUAAAGAAGAACAACCAAAAUGUGCUAGUGACUUUGAUUGCAUUAAACCUGCUAAGUGCUGUGAUCGAGGCUCAUCAAAAGACUGCCUGCCUGCAUCAAGAGAGAAGCCAGGAAAAUGCCCAGGUGUCUGUGAAACAAAAUCAGAUAUUCCAUGCACUAGUGAUCACGAUUGUCCAAAAAGUCUGAAGUGCUGCUCUAACUGGUGUGAAAAACCUCUAAAAGUGACACAUGCUGUUCCAUUAAAUUAAAUAAGAAGAUACCACAAUUAAGGGAUUGCUACUGUUUUAAUUUAUGUGUCUUCAAUUGUAUUGUUAAUUAUGAUCCACUGAAAAAAUAUUUUUAUUACACUGUACAAUUUAUUCUUAGUAAAACACAAAUGAUGGAAGACAAGAGAAUGUGGUGCAUGCCAAGGCAGUAUGCCUUGAGAAUAAAACAUAAAGGUGC